UCUCUCAUCCUUUAUAAACACUUUUUACAUUCUAACUCUCUCUCUCUCUCUCUCUCUCUCUGCCUCCUCAAUCAAUGUAUCUCUUCUUUCUUUCUUUCUUUCUAUCAUCUCCUACCAUUCAUAAAUUUUCAGGAGCUUCUGCUUUUUUAAGAAUUAAAGUUUACAGAGUAUAUGCCAUGGCAGAGUAGUUUGUUGGUUGUUCAUAUGGGGGUAUUUCUGAUUUCUGAAAAAGCCUAGGCAGGAAUGAGGGACUUCUUUCUGGAUUUUGAAUACUUUGCUGAGGGACUAUGUUGGUAUUUAGUGGACACUUUUGACCUUGUAGUGGAGGAAUUACUUGCAUUUUGUUUGGCUUUUGCCUCUUUAGCUGAGGAGUUUAUUGGGUUCUUAUUUUGCCAAAUCUUGAUUGCUUAGAUUGUUCAGAAUCCUACAUUCAAUAGAGGCAAAAGAAAGGUUUAGCAGAGUCCUAUGUUCAAAGUUUAAUUUUUGAUGAGAAUGCUUAAUGUGUGGUAAAGUCAAGUGGGUGUUAAAGAUCUGAUCCGGAAAGAAAAGAAGGAUAAUUGAGAGUGAUCGAAAGAAAAGAAGGAUAAUUGAGAGUGUCUUUGAUCAUUAUAAGUGUUGGUGUUUAACUAGAAUUGGCAGCUUUCCUAAGUUGGAGUUUUAUCACCAUGGUCAUGGAUACGAUUCAGAAUACGGUUCACUAUUGUUGUGUUUCAAGGGGUAGCAGGAUUUUGUACACUCAUAGCAGUGGAGACCGUGAAAUUGAAAAUUUGGCUGCUUUGUGCUUGGAAAGGGCUCCCCCAUUCCACCGUUGGUAUUUCGAGACAGCACGCAAAAGGACUUUUGGAUUUUUUAUGGAAGAUGGCUAUGUUUAUUUUGCAAUUGUCGAUGAGGGUGUGGGUAACUCCAGCAUUCUUCAAUUUCUAGAGCAUGUGAGAGAAGAAUUCAAGAAGAUAGCUAGAAAAGGUUCAAGAGGAAGUUUUUCAAGUAUGAACUCAAUUGGUCUACAAGAACAAUUAGUGCCUAUCAUCCGCCGCUUGAUCAACUCGUUGGACAAUGUUUCUCAAAAUGGCAAUGACUGGAUAGCUGAAACAGGUUUGUCUCCAUCCCCAAGUGAUGCAAAUGGCCAAAUUGAAGCCACUAGUUCUACAAAAGCCCCCUUGUUGGGAAAAUCUAGCAAGCAAGAGAAGAAGGCAAAGGAUCAUGUGAUUGCAAUGAGAGACAUCGAGUCGGAGGGGCAUCGAAGAUCUACAGAUAGAGGAGUCAAAGCUGAUUUGGAAACUCCAGAUUCUAAUAAUCAAGUUGGAGUUGGUUCCUCGGCCUCAUUACAGAAGGAUUUGGGUUCAAUGAGGUUCAGAUCAAGCUCUCAAAUUGUCCGAAAGAAAUGGUGGCGCCAAGUACGAAUUAUUCUUGCCAUUGACGCGGCUGUUUGUUUGUUACUUUUUGUGAUCUGGUUAUGCAUCUGUCAUGGUAUUUCAUGUAUCAGUUGAAAGAUUUGUCAUUUCUGUUGGACUUUAAACACAAUAAUGGUUCCAAAUCUUAUGGAAAUUUGCAUUGCAAUCCAAAUUCCUUGAAAGAUACCUUCUGCAGUGUAGUGAAAGCCACAUCCCAACCUUAUCGAAGAGAUUAAAUUGUAUAUCUUAAGUGUAUAGUUUAAUAGCUUUUGCAUAUGUAUAUGAAAUAUUCAUAAGAUUAUCUAGUUCUUGGCAUUAGAGAUUCUAUAUUGUUGUAUCAGGGACACCAGAAAAUUCAUGCUAGUAAGUGUAAAAUGGGGUUUGGGGGUGUUUCCACUUUUCAGAGAGUAUUGGACUGUUGGUUAUGGUUAA